AUGCUGUACCUACCUAGCCUCUUACUAGCUACCUUCCUCCAUCGACUACCUGUGUCUGCUCUCCCAGCUCUGGAUGUCGCUUCUGAUGUAGAUGCCGAAGUAUAUUCCAAGGACGUUCCAUGCCCUGGGAAUCUGCCAGCAUCGCCGGACUUCGAGUUCCCACAUCUGAUCAUCCCCAUUUCGUCCAGCAACCCGACUACGGCAUAUCCAAACACUUUCGUCCCUAACAUCACUGCUGGGGAUAUAUCUGACAUCUUCGACUUUGACAUACCCGAGAGUCGUGUCGGUCAAACAUGUACGAUCCAGUUUCUCUUUCCCAGAUUGGACCAGCUGAAGACAUCGUUCUUUCAACUGCGAGGUUUCGGCACCUAUAGCUUUUCCAUGUCGGCCCUUGGGGUCGGCGCGGUCGAGGGCAAUACCACUUUUGACAACCGGCCACUUCCCGCGUACGUCCACGGGUUCCCCAAGGCGGUCAGUAUGCAGCCGGGCAAUGCGUACGAAAUCGGUUCAACCAUAUGUGUGGCCGGAAGAAUAAGCAUGACGAUGAGUAGCUUCGAUAGCAGCCUGGCAUGGUUUCAAGAUUUCAACCCGUGUCCCAUGGGACUCUUCAUUACCUACUCGCCAUGA